UACGUAAUGAUGAGCCAACGAUAUGAUCAGCGGCGCUGGAGGAGGCGGUGGGCAGCAGCAGCAGCAACAACAACAACAGCAGCAGCAGCAGCUUGGCAACGGCAACAACAACAGCGGCGCCAUAGCAGCAGCAGCAGCGACGUCAUCAUCAGCAGCAGCAGCAGCACCAACAGCAGUGAGCAGCCACACGACAACGACAACCACAGCCAUACGACGGAACGUUAAUGCAACAGGAGCAGCGGCCUCAACAGCAACAACAACAAGUGGCAGCAGUUCGUUGCAACGUCGCAUACUGCGCGGUCAUGCCGCACAGACAUCCAAUGGCGAACGUGUGCUUCUCAUCAAUUACGUGCCACAACAGUCAGCAGCAGCAGCAACAACAACAACCACAUCAACAGUUGUCCAGCAUCAGCAGCAGCAGCAGCAGACGGCACAGUUGCCCACACGCAAAAUUCUCCAAGCCAGAGCCUCGGCAGCGAAUCACCAGCAGCAGCAGCAGCAACAACAGCAGCAGCAGCAGUCUGAAACGACAAUACCAACACCGGUAUCGUUCGCUGGCUUAGGCUCUGAAGUCACCGUUACAUUGACGCGCACCAAUCAGCGCGCAAGCGUAACAAGUGUAGCCGCUGGUCAUAUUGUACGAAAUCAGCAACAGCAACAAACCUAUCAUCAAACAUCAGGAGCAACCACACCAACGACAGCAACAACAACCGCCUUGCACGAGCUGCAACAGCAGACCCAGCAAGUGCAACACAUUUCGGCCACAACAACAACACCACCGCCAUUAGUCUUCACCUCAACACCACAUCAUCAGCAGCAACAGCAGCAGCAGCAACAACAACAACAGCAGCAGUCUCUUCAUGCUGCUGGCAUGCAAACAAUCGAGCUGCAAGAGCAACAAUUGCAAGAACACGAAUAUCAUCGUGCCACCGAGCAUCACCAACUCGUGCAUGAGCAACAGCAGCAACAAUCACAGCACAUCAUUAUCGAUCAUCGUGUCUUGCAGCAACAUCAGCAUCAGCAGACAGAUGAAGACCAACUGAUCGAAUAUGAUGCUGGCGACGGUGUUGUUAUGGAAGACCACAAUCAAUCCCAACAGCAACAUCAUCAACUGGAAGCAGUCGAUCAGCAACAGCAACAACAUGAAGUUGUACAAGAGGUUUAUCUGCAGUAAAGAAUGUACGUAAAUGUAUAUACAGAAGAGCUAUUUAGACAUGUAAGUCCUAGGUCUAGGUAAGUAUUAAUUUUGUGGUUUUAUGAGCAUUCAAAGUAAAUGUUUAGAUAUACACCAUUUAAGCAAGGUCUAAAGAUAAAUAUGAAUGUAUGACUUGAUAAUAAGUGCAAUUUUUUAAGCAAUUGCGUGUCCAUCAACCAAAAUUUAAAACAUGUUGUGCAAUUAAAAAAAAACCGAUGGAUCCAUUCAGCAGUUAUUUUCGAUUAUUGAUCACUUUUUUGGCAUUGCCAAUAGAAACUGAUUCAAUUUGCUGAUUGAGGAUUUGUGAAGUUGGCAAUCACGAUUGAAGCAAAAUUAUCGAACGAUUGGUGCGACUAUCGAAAGCAUUAUCGAUUAUCUGCAGAUUGGAGCCAUUCUUUUAAAUAAUGUUUGGCUAAUUACAAUAAAAGAGCUCCUUACAAACUUGUAUUUAUUUUUAUCCAUCCUACGUUUAGGUUUUAACAAAAUUUUUAUUUUAUUUGUC